AUGGAGACAUUUCAUAAAACUGCAUUUUGUACGUUAUGUAGCAUAAAUUCUGAUUUCUUCAAUAACAAUAGUAAUCUAAUAAACAUGAAAAAUGAAAUGCUUAGUGAAAAGAGAAACGUAUUGGAUACAAUUGUUUUCUUCAUUCAAAUCAUAUCUGCAAUUUUUAUAUUUUGUGGUAAUCUUCUAGUCAUUUUAGCUGUUGCUACAACUAAAAUAUUAAGACGUGUAACUGAUCUAUAUAUUGCGUCACUUGCUUUGGCUGAUCUACUUGUCGCAACUCUAUUAAUACCAUUAUUUAUCGUUCGACAAAACGCUGGCUAUUGGCCCUAUGAAUCACACUAUUUAUGCAUAUACUGGCUCUCUUUCAACGUGUUCUUGUGUACCGCAUCAAUAUUAAAUAUAUGUUGUAUAUCUGUGGACCGAUACAAUUCCAUUAUUAAUCCAUUAAAAUAUGUCAAGAAACGAACUCAUCGCACUGCGUUAAUCGUGAUUGGAGGUGUAUGGAUUUCGUCAUUUCUGUUAACGUUACCACCGUUUUUCGGCACUCAGCACCAUACGGGUGUAGGACGUUGUUACAUAAGAAGCGAUAUAGUGUACAGAUCUCUUAUAGGAAUCACAACAUUUUUCAUUCCAUUUGUAUUGGUCGGCUUUAUUUAUAUACGUAUAUUUUACGUGAUUCGACGUCGUUCAAAUGAAAUAAAAGCUGGAAAGAUUUUAUUAGACCUGAAAGAGCAAAGAUAUGGAUCAUUUAAAUUGCUUUUCAUUCCGAAUAAUAUUUAUAACCAUAGUUUGGGACGUAAAAUGAACUGUUUCAGUUCACGUAACUCUAAUCAGCGUCAACUGUUUGUAUCAAAUUAUACACAAUCUAAUUUAUUUAUUGCAUUUACGCCCAGUAAGAGACGUAAAACUGCUAAAGAAUAUACUAAAAAUCAAUCUCACUGUCAAAGUUCGUCCACUUCAUUCUCUAAUAAGCGUUCCGAACAAAUAGAGCGAGAGUGCUCAGAAACUUCUAGUAAAUACACACAACAUAUUCACAUGUCUCCAAUAUCAAUGUUGCAUACAACGACCAAAUCUGAUCCAGAUGAGUCUUCUACACUUUCGAUUCACAAUAGCAUUCAGAACACAGAAAUCUAUACUUUGCAAACUACAGAUACCAUCAAUAAAACAGUCGACGCUUCUAUGAACGAUCGGCAGAACGAUCAGCAACCUAAACACGAACACAGAUUAAACAGUCAGAAUGAACGAAUUGUGAAUUCCGAGCCGAAGUAUUCUAACACACACAACAGUAUAAUUUACGAACGAAGUAAACGUCUUGUAUACAAGAGUGAAAAGAAAACGGUGAAAACAGUAGCAAUCGUAGUUUGUUGUUUCAUUUUAUGCUGGCUUCCAUUUACCACUUUAUUUUUAAUGGAAGGAGCAUGUGAAUGUCUAUUUUCUGAAGAAAUUUUCAUAGCUACCGGUUGGAUAGCAUACUUGAAUAGUAUGUGUAAUCCAAUUAUAUACGCAUUUUGUAAUAAUAAAUAUGCUAAAGCAUUUAAACAUUUAUUGCAUAUUCGAAUAAAUUCUUAA